UUCAUUGGUUAAGCUUGUCAGUCACUUGAUUGAAUGAAGAUGGCGGGUGAUCUGUGUUACUACCAUGUCUGACCCGCAUCUCGCAUUACUUUUGUGGAUUUAUAAAUUGUGUGAAUUUUGUUCUAGAACACGUAUUUUGUACUUGCGCAUAGUGAUAUAUUUAGAGGGUUACAGUCACUUUCAUAUCAGUUCUUUGUCACUGAUAACUGAGAAACAUUUGUGGUUGAUAAACAUUUAGGCGAAAUGGUUUUUUGGUUUGCAAUAUAUUUCGAUGAAUUUCUUUUUAUUCCAGUGUUGAAUUCGUGACCUGGGCAAUAAGUAAGAUAACUUUUGACGUUUGAUAUUGUGCGAAAUUUAGGCCUACUAUUUCAUUAGUAGACGUUUUACUAACCAUUCAAUAUAAUGAGAUUAAAUUCAUGGUCGGGGCUUACAAAGUCUCUCUUCCUGUGUUGUCUACUUCACGUCCCCUCGGAAUGGAAGGUCAUGGAGGAGCACUGCUGACUGUUUCCCGUGUCCGUGAUAACAAAUAGUUAAAGUGUUGGAUUAAGUUCCCCCAACAAGUUUUGAUCGUGUUUUGUUUCUCUCGCAGAUCUUGACAAUGCUCCAAACAUAAACUAUGCCAGUCUUGUCUAAAAAACCAGUCCAACAGAUACUUACAGUACUAGUCAGCAUCGCUCUGUUGGUGAUUACCUGGAACAAUGUUGUUGUCUUAAAUAGUUUGAAAUCUUUACCUGACAAGUUCGCUGUUGUGGAGGACAAUGAAAAGUCCACUGUAGUCGUCGACACUGGUCAUGAGGAGAUUCCAUGCAUUGAUCUCAAGGCCGUGCAGUAUAACAGAGUGGAAGAUAUCUACUGCACUGUUCUCCCAAAGUUUCUCCCAAACCUCAAAAAUCCAUGUUUUUACAUACUUCAUCAAUUUGGUAUGAAAACUCUCCGCUGUCUGCCAUAUUUCUACAUCAUUGGCAUGGACAAAAGUGGCUCCACAGACCUCUACUCGAGACUGACCCAGCAUUUCCUGGUCUACGAAAACUUGGGAGACUUAGGGAAAGAGGCACAGUUUUGGUCCUGGAAUCGCUAUGGUAUCAGCCAUAAACAGAAAGGUCUCAGGAAGUAUACUCUGGAGGCUUACAUGGAAAUGUUUGUCAAACUUGCCAGGAUCAUUUACAUUCAAAAUAUUACCAACGCCAUAUCAGGUGACGCCUCUCCGAUGGACAUCUAUGACUUCAGAAGCUGGACGAUGAUUCCCCAGAACGCAGGUCUACAAGAGCCGAGAAUCUUAACUCCUCACUUAAUGAAACAUGUCUACCACAAUGUCCCUCCAAAGUUUAUCAUUAUCAUCCGAGAGCCUAUUGAGAGACUUUAUUCAGAUUAUGUUUUCCUAGAGUACGGAAAUAAUACUUUAGACUUUCACCAUCACGUUGUGCAGGCCAUCAGAAUGAUGGAGGACUGUUUGCUCAAGCAUUCCAAAAGGUUUUGUUUUUUCGAUGACCAAUUAUACCAACAACUUCCAGUGAGAAUUCAUGUCAGCUGUUACUCUGAGUUCUUAAAAGUCUGGCUGCAAGUUUUCCCUAGAAGUGCUUUCCAUAUUUUCAGGACCAGGGAAUAUACCAAUGAGAUGGAGACUACGCUCAGGGGUAUAUUUACAUUUCUACAGCUACCUCAAGUCACUCAACCGGAAAUGAAAAACAUUCUCAGACAAAAGCGUCUUCAUGUUACAGCCAAAAAAACAGGCACCAUACUGCCAGAGACUAGAACUCUCCUGCGAUCAUUCUACUCUGGGUGUAAUGAAGAACUGGCUAGUAUAUUGAAAGAUGAAAGAUAUCUUUGGCUUGAUCAUUAUUCUUGAUAGUAAGCCUUAUAUAUGUUCCUGUACAUCCGCUGUAAAAUGUUAGAAGUUCUGUUUAUAUUACGAUAUGUUUUUUUUUUUAAAUAAUGUAUAAAUGUACAUUGAUAUUGUGAUGUUUCUAGAUGAACUUUAAUAGUGUGCUAAUUAUAAAUAAAUGAACUAUGCUAGUCGCCUGUUAUGGAACAUGUAAAAUGUUAGAAGUUCUGUUUAUAUUACGAUAUGGUUUUGUUUUAAUAAUGUAUAAAUGUACAUUGAUAUUGUGAUGUUUCUAGAUGAACUUUAAUACUGUGCUAAUUAUAAAUAAAUGAACUAUGCUA